AGCAUCACAAUGGAGGCUUCUCAAGAAUCUCACCUUCCAAACUACAUGAAAGAUGAUAACGUUAGCCAAGAAACCAAGAACUUGAUAUCUUCUCUUCCUGCAGACAAAGAUUUCAUGGGUUACAGUCUCUACAACUACAAAGGUUGUUGGUACUAUCCCAACACACUCCAAGCCGUUCUUGACGUCCAAGACCAUUUCCGGCCACACAAGAACGACAUAAUCCUCGCUUCUUUACCCAAAGGUGGAACCACUUGGCUCAAAUCUCUAGUUUUUGCCGUUGUACAUAGAGAAAAGUACCGUGAAAAUCCCCAAGUAAUACAUCCUUUGCUCUCACAAAACCCUCAUGACCUUGUCCCGUUCCUCGAGCUUGAGCUAUACGCUAGUAGCCAAACUCCAGAUCUCGCAAAGUUUCCUUCUCCUAUGAUCGUUUCUACACACAUGCACCUAAAUGCAUUGCAGGAAGCCACCGCAAAGUCUUCUUCCUCACCAUGCAAAAUCGUCUACGUGUGUAGAGGUCUCAAAGACACGUUUGUCUCCGGUUGGCAUUACAAAAACAAGCUGCAUCGCACCAAGAUGGAUCAAGGCAGUUUUGAGCUCAUGUUUGAUGCUUACUGUAGUGGAGUUAUCUUGUACGGACCCUACUGGGAACAUAUGUUGAGCUACUGGAAAGGGAGCUUAGAAGACAAGGAGAAUGUUCUUUUUAUGAGGUAUGAAGAGAUCAUUGAGGAGCCACUUCUUCAAGUCAAAAGACUCGCUGAGUUCUUGAACUGUCCAUUCACUGAGGAGGAGGAAAAGAGUGGAUCAGUGAAGGAGAUCUUGAACUUGUGUAGUUUGCGUAACUUGAGCAACUUGGAGAUUAAUAAGAACGGGACGACGAGGAUUGGUAUAGAUUCUAAUGUGUUCUUCAGGAAAGGUGAAGUUGGCGACUGGAAGAAUCAUCUGACUCCUCAAAUGGCGAAAAAGAUUGAUGAGAUUGUUGAGUUUAAACUACGAGGUUCGGGUUUGAUAUUUCAGUAA